CAGCGACCUCCAUGAUCUCGGCUUUCUUUAUUUUCAACCAGAAGGGAGAGGUCCUCAUUUCUCGUCUGUACCGGACGGACCUGAAACGGUCGAUAGCAGACGUCUUUCGGAUACAAGUUGUGUCGAACAGCGACGUCCGGUCGCCCAUCAUCACUCUCGGCUCGACCAGCUUCUUCCAUGUCCGUGUCAACAAUCUCUACAUCGUCGCGGUGACGAAAUGUAACGCCAAUGCGGCUCUCGUAUUCGAGUUUUGCUACCGCUUCACCUCGAUAGCCAAGUCCUACUUCGGGAAAGUGGACGAGGAGUCUGUCAAGAACAAUUUUGUUCUGAUAUAUGAGCUCAUAGAUGAGAUCGUCGAUUUCGGAUACCCUCAGAACAGCGAGAUUGACACGCUGAAGAGCUACAUCACCACUGAGAGUGUAAUGUCGACAUCAAUCGCACCUGAAGAGUCCUCGAAGAUCACGACACAGGCAACCGGUGCCAUAAGCUGGCGGCGAGGCGACGUCAAGUACAAGAAGAACGAAGCCUUCGUCGACGUUGUCGAGACAGUGAACCUCAGUAUGAGCGCAAAGGGCACAAUCCUGCGCGCGGACGUGGACGGCCACAUCCAGAUGCGCGCCUACCUCUCCGGCACGCCCGAAUGCAAGUUCGGCCUGAACGACAAACUCGUGAUCGACAAGAACGACCGCACGGGCGCGAGCGACGCCGUCGAGCUUGACGACUGCCGGUUCCACCAGUGCGUGCGCCUGAACGAGUUCGACGCCAGCCGCACGAUCAGCUUCGUCCCGCCUGAUGGCGAGUUUGAGCUCAUGAGGUACCGCGCGACGACGAACGUGAAGCUGCCGCUGCGGGUGGUGGCCACCGUCAACGAGAUUGGGACUACGAAGGUUUCAUACGAUAUUACGGUGAAAGCAAAUUUUGGCAAUAAACUAUCGGCAACGAACGUGGUGGUGCGUAUACCUACGCCGCUGAACACCACGAACGUCGAUUGCAAAGUCGCGUCGGGGAAGGCGAAGUACGUCCCCGCGGAGAACGUAGUCAUCUGGAAGAUACCUCGAAUACAAGGCGGACAGGAAUGCACGUUCACCGCCAUGGCUGAGCUGACUAGCACGACGACCCGACAAGUGUGGACCCGGCCACCGAUUGACGUCGACUUCCAGGUGCUGAUGUUCACGGCGUCAGGCCUGAUCGUGCGGUUCUUGAAGGUGUUUGAGAAGAGCAAUUACCAUAGCAUCAAGUGGGUGCGCUAUUUGACGAAGGCGAGCGGGACGUACCAGAUCCGGUACUGAGGGGUCCAGGUGUAUGAUGUAUAUUACUCGACUUAGUUACAAUCCACAUAAUAGUUUCCUUUAAGAUUGUUUUUG